AAUAGAAAAAAGUAAGUAUGGAAAUCAUUUUCCAAACCCACAAGACAAAUAUGUAUAAGAUCUGCCUGCCUCCCUCCCCAGUUGUUUGUCACCGUUGCUUGCUUGCUGCCUGCUAUUAUUACCUCCUCCAUCGCUAUCACCAUUAUCUUUUGCUACAAUUCUUUCUUGUGAUCCAUCGUCGGCACUUGCACUUGUAUAAUUCGUUCUUCUUAUGGAAAAUAUAAUUUUAAAAAUGUUACCAUUGCACAAUCAAAACACUCAUCUUAUGAUUAUUACUUACUGCCACGUGGCAGAAAGCUUCCGACUUUACAAGAGAUGUGUGGACACACAGCAGAGGCACUAGUGCUUAAGGGGGGACUCUAUGCCCAUUGCACUAGGGCAUAAUGAAAUGAGCAAACUCACACCACACUCAUCCUCCCUUUUCCAAACCCAAACCCAAACCCAAACAAAACCACACUUCACUUCCAUCUUCAUUUUCUGAAUCUCCUUCUCCCACCCUCCAUAAAAAUAUGCAACAACCAUUUUGCAAUCCUCUGAAUUUCACACCACCUAAUAAAUUAAGCAGAACCCAUUAAAAAGCUUCAACAUUUAUGAUACACCAAAACCCAAAUCAAGGCCUCUCUCUCAAGAAAAAGAGAGAGAUCAUUCAAGACCCACUUCACAUUCACAGCUCACACCCUUUCCAAAUUCCCAUCACCUUUUCCAAACCAAAGUACUACGCCCAUCUCAAGAAACCAUGAUGCCUGCUCAUGGGGUCACCUUCUCUCUCAUAUUCCUGCUCUUUUUGGCUACUGUUCUCACUACCACUGAAGCAAGCUUAACCCAUGCAAAUGGGUCUGCGGCGGUGGCAGCAGCUGCCACGGAUAAAAAAGACAAGGUGGAGCCGCUGGUGCCACUCGUAGGAGCUGAAAAUUUCAAGACUUUGGUGAUGAAUGAGACCAGAAGGAGGCUGCGGAGCUUUCAGAUUUGUGCAUUGUGUACUUGCUGCGGAGGUGCCAAAGGACUUUGCUUGCCGUCUCCUUGUUGCUAUGCCAUCAAUUGCAACAUUCCCAACCGGCCCUUUGGCUUCUGUUCGUUCACUCCCAAGACCUGUAAUUGCUUUGGAUGCCAUAUUCCCUAUAUUUUAUAUUUAAUAAUUUAUAGUUUAUAUUGUUUUAAUUGGGGUAACCUUAAUUUUGUUGGGAGUCUGGAUGAAAAAAGAAUAUCUGUUCUUGAUUUGUUUGUUUAUAAGUUCAGAAAUUUUAUAUUUUAUCAGUUGUGGGGAGGAGGGGUGCUAUUUCCAGGUUAGUUUUUGCUAAUCUCUAGUGGGAUAUUUUCCAUUAUUUUUUUGCUGAAAUAAGCAAUGCCUGGAGAUGGCACAUUGCUAGAAUAGCAGGAUUAGCAUAAUUUUGUGAGGUAUUUGAGGAAACAUUGUCCUUGUUAAUGGAGCUAUUGGGGGCUUAUGAUAUUUUAUUGACUUUUCAAAACAAUAAAUUAAU